AUGGCACAAAACGACCAACUAGAUAUUCAAGACGAACUGGAUACAGCAUCAGCUAUCCUGAGUUUAUCAGGUCCAUGUAGGAACAUUGGAGACAUAUAUCUUACUUGUGUAGCGACAAGAGGCCUCGGUCAGUGCCGACCUCUUCGAGCUGGAUUUGAGAGUUGCACAAAGGAGACUGCAAAAAACAGCAGAGCUAUGUUGGGAUCAAUUGGGGGACAGAUGUUCCCCGAGGCGGACAAAGAGGAAGAUCAAGCUUUGGGAGCUGCUCGAAUGAUCAAUCGACAACUGUUUCAACCAAGCUGA